AUGGCCGGGCGCUGGUGGCUCUACGUCCAGGCCAUCUUCUGGAGGUUUUUAAUGCGCAUUGGCAUGUUCAUGCACACGCUGGGCCUGUCUCGCCCGCCGCGCCCUCGCUUCACCCGCCGCAUCACCUUCCCCUCGGGCGACCGCUGCAUCGACCUGUACUUUUACUGCCCGCCCGCCUACCUGGAGGCCCCGUCGCCAUCCCUGGCGUCCAAGGAGGGCCGUCCGUUCCCCGUCGUCGUCAACUUCCACGGCGGCGGCUUCACGCUGGGCUGCGCAACCGACGACUCGUACUGGGCCAAAUGCGUGCUGAACGAGACGGGCGCCGUGUUUGUCAGCGUGGGCUAUCGCCUGGCGCCGGAGCAUCCCUUUCCGGCAGCUGUCGACGACGGUGUCGAGGCGCUGCUGUAUCUGGCUGCCCAUGCGGGCGAGCUGGGCCUGGACAUGUCGCGCGUCGCCCUGACCGGCUUCUCCGCAGGCGGAAAUCUGGCGGUCACGGUGCCGCUGCGGCUGCAACACCGCAUUCAGAACGACCGGGGCAGCGACCUGCUCGGCCCGCUGGACUCGACGCAGAACCUGGUCGACGGCGCGGCCAACCUGCAGAUCGUGUCCAUCUUCGCCUGGUACCCCAUCCUCGACUUUGUUGCGUCGCGCGAGCACCGCCGCGCCAACUGCCCCAUGCCGGCCAAGACGCUGCCGCCUUUCCUCACCAACCUCUUCGACGAGUCCUACCUGCCCGACCAUGCGGAGCGAGCGUCGCCCUUCGCCUCGCCCGAGCGGGCCACCGACGAGAUCCUGGCCGAGGGGCUGCCGCAUCACGUCUUCCUGUACACGUGCGAGUGGGACAUGCUGAUGGAGGAGGGCCAGCGCUUCGUGCGACGUCUGCAGCGCCUAGGCAAGAAGGUGCGCGCCAUGAUGAUCGAAAAGGCGCCGCACGCGUGGGACAAGUCGCCCAACCCGUUCCGCGACCGGGCGCGGGUCAAUCUGCUGUACAAAGCGGCCUGUGCGGAGAUGAAGGCCAUUUUUGACGAGUCAUGA